AGAAAGCGGGACCAGCCCUCCUGUCGCCAUUUUUCUCUCCAACCCUCGCACUUCUGGUUUCCUGAGCGAGCGGAGGACAAAAUCAAAAAUAACGGCAAGUUGAUGACAAAAUAUCGGUCAGGUCGGGAUAGUGCGCCAGCGGUAAGGGAAUGCAGCCCCUGAGAUGCACCAGCGGCGGAUAAACGGCUGUUCUCAAGUCACUUUUUGUGUGAAGACGUGUUGCGGGCCGCCAUUUUUUCCUGCGCUGCCUCUGAAGUCUGCUCGAACCCGAGAGAGGGAACUCACCGACCUGCCUUACCGUUAAACCGAGAGGAUUUGAAGCGGAACGAAAAGGAGGAAGCUUAAUCGAUCAUUUCUUGCUUUCGGGCCCUUCUCGGUGUUUUUUGUUUCGUCGACGAAGCUGCGUUUCUACAGAAAUCACUGGAAAACGUACAGGGGCGACGAAUGCCCUGCCCUGCACCUACUGAAUCCUCUACUUUGGAUCAACGCUGAGCUUUCUUUUAUUUAUAUUUAUAUAAUUUAUUUUUUGGUGGGGAAACAGACAUGUCAACGGCUCGGUUCGACUCUUGUGAUCGGUCCUCCUGGUAUUUUGGACCGGUUUCUCGACAGGAGGCACAGAACAGGUUACAGGGACAGAGGCAUGGGAUGUUUCUGGUUCGAGACUCCUCUACCUGCCCCGGGGACUAUGUCCUGUCUGUGUCUGAAAACUCCAAAGUGUCUCACUAUAUCAUUAACUCUUUGCCCAGCAAAAAAUUUAAGAUAGGCGAUCAGGAGUUUGAUAACCUUCCUGCUCUUCUGGAGUUCUACAAAAUCCACUAUCUGGAUACAACUACGCUAAUAGAGCCUGCCCCCAGGUAUCCAAGCACGAUCACUGGACCCAUCCAGACAAUGGUCGGUCCCGAAGAGAACCAGGAGUAUGUGAGAACAUUAUACGACUUCACGGGAAGUGACGCCGAGGACCUCCCGUUCAAGAAGGGGGAGGUUCUUAUCAUCCUUGAGAAGCCAGAGGAACAGUGGUGGAGUGCCAAAAACAGAGAGGGACGCGUUGGGAUGAUCCCUGUCCCUUAUGUAGAGAAAGUGGUGCGACCCUCUCCCCAUCCUGGCCAUCCUAUCCAUGGAUCUCGCAAUUCCAACAGCUAUGGGAUCCCGGAGCCGGCCCACGCCUACGCUCAGCCCCAGACGCCCCCUGGCACACCUGGAGCAGUUAUCUCCCCCUUACCCUCCGUGCAGAAUGGCCCGGUCAUUGCAAAGGCCAUCCAGAAACGAGUGCCUUGUGCUUAUGACAAAACAGCUCUGGCUCUAGAGGUUGGCGACAUCGUCACCGUCACGCGGAUGAACAUCAGUGGUCAGUGGGAGGGGGAGGUGAACGGACGCAAAGGCCUCUUCCCAUUCACACACGUCAAAAUCAUAAACCCCCAGAAUCCAGAUGAGAGCGAUUGACUUGGAGGCUCAGUCGGAGCCUCUUGGCGGUAGCGACGUGUAGCUGAACCCGCUGGCCCGUUGCCACCUGUCCUGCUGGUGUCGCGGUUAUGCGCUUGCCUGCUUUGAGAAGGGGGGGCUGUACCAUAACAUAACAGCGACCCCCAUCUCUGCUGCCGCCAGCCUUUGCAAGGCUUCCUGACUGUUUACAGCUGUUGACAUCAGACUUAAGUUAAAAACUUGACCUAACCAUCGCUAGUUCCCUUUUGAAGCCGAUUUUCUUCGUGUUUGAUUUGCAGAGGAUCACUGGGCAUCAGUGCGAGUGUGUGUUUGUAUGUUAGUGCAUGUGGGCGUGCUCACAACAGAUUUCUCCUGCAAAGCAUCAAAACUUGUCAGUCCUCUUAGAUGCUGAGUUUUUGUCAUGUGAGCUUUUUUUUUGGCUUCUGAAUUUUUUGUUCAUGUGAGAAUGAUUGUAUGUGCAGUAAAUGGGGUAAAGCAGCAUCUACAUGGCUUUAGGAGAGCACUGAGGCAACUAGGAGCUGGCCGGCCAUUGAAUUAACAUCACUGCAAACAAUAAACUCACUGUUUUACCUUAAUUCUCUGCAAAUUGGUCAUGGGGUUUUGGACUUUUUUUUUAAGCAUCCUGUUUGUGUCUAGUGAUGCCUGUAAUGUGUCAAUUGAAGCAGAAAUUGGUGGAUUUCUGGAGAAAUUACAUUAUUGAUGACUGUCUCCAAUCUUCCUGACUGGCCAACUAACUUAUUUAUGCUGAUACGGUAUGACAUAGCCAGCAUUUUCUCUUGCUCUUUUUACAUGAGAUUUUUUUUUCUUCAUUUUGCGACAGCGCAUGUUUGAGGGUGACUCUACAUGUCCACUUCUUGAAAUUAGUGUAAACGAUUAGCAGGGUUUGAAUGCUAACAGAACCUAGCAGUAAAGUGGCUUUAAAAGUUUGUUUUGAAAAGUGCCAAGCCUUUGAGCUAACCAUCUAGAUCAGCACCUAUUGGAGCAUCUGACAACCUGUGGCACAGCUAAUGAAGUCCCAUCAUUUCUUUCAAAGUGAAAUCAGUCUCUUGCCUUCUCUUGAUAAUAUGCUAAUUCUGUUAAAAUGAAAUCUUUUUUUUUCUCUCAAUGUUUGGUUUCCCACAUUUCUUGUAAUGCAAACAGACCCCAGUAAAGCAGUUUAAGGUAUUCACGUCCACAUUGUGCUACAGGCAGUUUUGCUAAUCAUCAGGUCGCCCAGGGAUUAAAUGGUUGUAAGAACGAAGCAGGUUUCUGCUGUAAAACCCUCAAUCUCCACUCUUACCCCAUCAUGUCUGAAUUGAUGCUCUGCCAAAUUCUCUAAGGUUAUGGGCAGCUUUAAACUGCAUUUUUUUUUCUUUAUUUGGUCAGUUUUAAAUCAAGCGUUUUAAAAUAAGUGUUAUUUAAAGGGUGACUUACUAAAAGGGAAAAAAUGCCUGCUGGUUGCCUAUGUGCAUGACCUCUUGGCCACAGUAGGUGGUCUCAUCUGGUCAUAUGCUGCUUAUUGUCAUUUAUCUCAUUUAGCAAAGUUUCUUUUUUUGUUUGUUUUUUUUCUUUCUUGCCGAGAUUAUUUAAACCUAGUCGAGCAAUACAACCUGAGUAUUUCCCUUCUUGAGAUGAACUUUUCUCCUGCUUUUGAGCUAUUUUGUAAUGGCAUUAACAGUAUUACUGUGCUAUUUUUGUUUUCUCAUAAUUCUAGAAAAGCCUGUUCCUCAAAAAAAAAAAAAUCAAAUUGUGCCUUUUUAUUUUCUAAUACCAUUUACAUGUGUUAAUAUUUCCCAUGGAUAACACCUGUGUUGGUAAUGACCCUUUAUGUACAGAACAAGUAAAUAAAAUUUAUGUCUACUUCUU